CUCACAGUCAUUGAGAAAAUGGAGACUUGCUUCUUUUGUAGCUCUCUGGUCGUCUUUCCCUUCGCCGCAUGCAGCGAGGAAUAAGCUCUUCCAAUAAUCCUUUUCUUCCGAUCUCCCACCACCAUGUCUUCAGAUCUAGUCCUUCUCUUUCGACUCGCCGGACGAAGAGCUCCAGGUCGAGCCCCGAAGUGCUGAAAUUUACCGUCUAGGAUCGCAGAUCGAGCCGUUUUUUGCUUUCUUGGUUGAGCCUGGGAUCGUUCUAUGCUUCAUUCAGCUUCCGUCGGGGACGAUGCUGAGGCUUCUGAUUACAAGGUAGGAAGCUCUGAUUCCGAGGGCUACGCUAUCCGUUAGCUAGAUUAGUUUCGAAAUAAGGGUUUCGUGCCGAGCCGCGGCGUUGCAGGAUGAUGGACACCACUAAAUUCGCUGGAAUUAUUGCCGGAGGCGGCGGUGGGGGAAACUUUUACGAUAUGGGGUUUUACAGGAAACUUGGCGAGGGAUCGAAUAUGUCAGUUGACAGUAUACAGACGAGCGUUGGUGGCGGGUCGGUGGCGAUGUCGGUGGAGAAUAGCAGCGUUGGUUCUAGCGAUUCGCGGACUGGAAUCCUUCACCACAGUGGUUUCAGGCAGACAAUUACAGCAGGCAGCUCUAUUGGCCACAGUAUAUUCCGUCCUGGUCGGGUCACCCAUCCCCUCAACCAUGAUGCCCUUGCCCAGGCUCUGAUGGACCCGGGCUUUCCCACCCAAGGCCUAGACAACUAUGAAGAGUGGACGCUUGAUCUCAGGCAGCUUAGCAUGGGCGAGCCCUUUGCCCAAGGGGCUUUUGGGAAGCUUUACAGGGGGGUCUACAAUGGCGAAGAUGUAGCAAUUAAGCUGUUAGAGAGGCCAGAGAAUGAUCCGGAUAGAGGACAACUAAUGGAGCAGCAAUUUGCUCAGGAGGUAAUGAUGCUUGCUAACCUGAAGCAUCCCAAUAUCGUUAGAUUCAUAGGGGCUUGCAGAAAGCAGAUGGUUUGGUGCAUUGUCACUGAGUAUGCAAAGGGUGGAUCGGUUCGACAGUUUCUGAUGAAGAGACAAAACCGAUCUGUGCCUUUGAAGAUUGCUGUGCGACAGGCACUGGAUGUUGCCAGGGGAAUGGCAUAUGUUCAUGAUUUGGGUUUCAUCCAUAGGGACUUGAAAUCUGACAAUCUUCUCAUCUGCGGCGAUAAGUCUAUCAAAAUUGCAGACUUUGGAGUGGCUCGGAUUGAAGUGCAAACAGAAGGGAUGACACCAGAGACUGGGACUUACCGGUGGAUGGCUCCAGAGAUGAUCCAACACAGGCCAUAUACUCAGAAGGUUGAUGUCUAUAGCUUCGGCAUUGUGCUUUGGGAACUCAUAACAGGAAUGCUUCCAUUCCAGAACAUGACAGCCGUGCAGGCAGCUUUCGCAGUCGUCAAUAAGGGCGUUCGACCCGUCAUUCCAAAUGAGUGUCCUCCUGCGCUUGGGGAGAUCAUGACCCACUGCUGGGACGCAAACCCUGAUGUUCGCCCUCCAUUUAGCGAAAUCGUCAAAAUGCUCGAGAGCGUGCAGGAAGAGUUGGCCACCUCGGUUCGUCGCGCACGGUUUAGAUGCUGCAUGUCCCAACCCAUGACCAUAGACUGAGGCUUCAUUUGGGACGGCUUUCUUACUGUUUUUUAAAGCAGAUUUUUAAUAAAAAAAUUAAAAUUUUGAUACUAAAAAGCUGUUUUUAGAGCAGUAAGAAAGCCGUCCCAAACGAAGCCUGAACCCAUGAAAUAUGACUUGCUGUUCAGAAAGAAGGAAAAUAGGGAGCACAAAAUUGAAAAAUGUUAGUGACGAAAUCAAAAUGGUGGUUUUUGCGCAUUCUUAUGAGUUCUGUAUGCUGUAUGUGUAUUGCAGUUUGCUUAGUAGUUAGGUUCCUUUUGCUCUUAGUUUCAUGUUCUCUCACUGUAUCAAAUCCCAUUGCUAGUUUUUUUUUCCCCCCUUUUACUGAAACAUGCAACUUUUUUUCUUUUUAUCAAUUUUAGUUUGCCUCUUAUUGAAACUUUCA